AUGCUUGAUCUGCUUAUUAUAAUUGGGCACGCUUUCCAUACAAUCUUGGCCAAAACCAUCGAAGCCCGACAAAUAGACUUCACGCCUUCAGCUAGUACCUACCUUCGCCGUGCUUUGCAUGCAGCCACCGUCGCAAAUGACCAUCUCUAUAUAGAUGGGGGCUCCUACUCAUAUCUUACCGGCAAUGGCCCCGAGGUGGUAAACAUGACCAGUACCCUCGUGCUUGAUCUUACAAAAGACUUCACGAACACCAGUGCCAGCUUCACGUCCAUACAAAAGCCAUUCGGUGCGCCUCAGGGCCUCGUUCGUGAUUUGUUUCACGAUCAGAAUGGAAAAGUUCUGUACACAGGUGUUGUCCUAGCACCACAGGGAGCAGACUUUGAACGACCGAGCAACGUUUGGACCCUCUCAUUGGAUGCGGAGGACAAAAGACUCUGGAACGAAACAAAUUUGAGCAUUUCACAGAAUCAAUCACGUAGAAAUUCUGGUCUUGCGAGCGGUAUCGGUAACGGUUGGAUCCUUGGGGGCCAGGAUUUUACAACAGACACCCAUACGCUGACGGACUUGCUAUCGCUCGAUCUGGAGAAUCAGGACAUCACAUCCAUUCCGACUCCUUUGAAGUUGAAAUGGACGAAGCUUCACUUAGUCCCAAACUUCGGGCCUGAAGGAAUGCUCUUAGUACUCGGCGGUGUUACUGGGGACGAUUAUUUCACUUAUCCGUCCUUUAACACCAUUCCAGUCUUGGAUCCAGGGACCAAGCAGUGGUACAACCAGACCACGACCGGGCAAAGUCCAGCCGGGAGGGGGGAGCACUGCCUUACAGGUAUGGCAUCUGCGAACGAGUCUUACGAAAUAUUUGUGUAUGGUGGCCACAACUUCUCAUGGGACACAGGAUCGAUUCCUUUCGAUACGUUAUAUAUCUUGACGUUGCCUGCAUUCCACUGGAUCCAGGUCAACUAUCCGCCGCUGGAACCGAAGGGAGGCUUGACUUGUCAUGCUGUCGUGGGAAGCCAGAUCUUAGUCGUUGGUGGGUUCGAUGCCUCGCAGGGAUAUCUUGAUCCCUGUAUGUCGACAAAUGACCCGUUCGCCCAGGGAUUAGGCGUCUUUGACCUUAAGACCCUGAGCUGGCAAGAUCACUAUAGUGCUAGCUCGCCUCCGUACAUACAAUCAGAAGCCGUGCAACAAGUCUAUUCUCAAAGUCACCAGACCACCACUGACAACCUUGAUCCUGGAGUGGCAGCUCUCAUACGCCAAGCAAAUUUCAGCGCAGUACCUACCCUUGCUGCCAACAAGCCCAAUGAAACCGCGUAA